UUUGGGACUCGCAGAAUGCAAUUGAGAGCACCCUCAGGUGUACGACAAUGGUGUUGAAUAAAAAUGACAACCCGCUUCACGACAUGUGCGGGCUGGGACAUCUCGCGAGGCUCAUAGAGUUGUCCGGCCGGUGAGCGCAAGUGUUAGUUGCUCUCGCGAGGCUGCUGUUACUGAGCAAGCUCCUAAGUACUAUUGGACAAGGGGUUGCGCGCGACGACCACCACUAGUGCGACUGCGCGCCCGGGGCCGGAUGUGACGAACCAGUGACGGAUGCCCGGCGUCUUGGGGGACGUGACUGAAAAUACGGAGGUACGAGAUACGGGCGGCUCCGAGAUCCAGCCAAUUCUGAGCGGUACUAAUAUACGCUCGUUUGGAAUUCGAGGAAUGACAUCACGUCCAUCGCCACGGCAACGAGUGUGUUUCCCCGCAUUUGUCGCACACACGAUGAGCAGGUCGAAGCCGAGCCCCUCGAUACAUAUGUCCCGGCAUGACGUUCGCGCCCUCGGGUUGAUGUCCUGGCGAGGGCAAAUGCGGUUGAACAGGAGAAUUAUUGGGCGUUAUAGCGAAGGUGUAUGACACAUCGCCUUCCGUUCAGGCUGCAGCGGUGUUUCCCGAAUCUAAAUCCCCUAGCGAACUGCUGACUGCAUGGUUCCCAAGUGUAGGCGACUCUGAGUCAUACGCGCCGGCAAGAGGAGGUCGAAAAGGCCCAGGCUCCGCCGCAAAAGCCCGGCACACUGCGCGGGGAUCGCUGAUGGCCCUUCAUGUUGUCGCAUCCGGCGCAGCAGCCGGGUCAGGUCCGUCUGAGCGUUCAUUAUAGCAUGCCUCUUUGGGGCGAUGUGUGUGUGUGUGCGCAGGGGACGCGCGGGAGCGCGCUGGCGAGCGUGACAGGCGCAAUCACUCGCGAGGCUGGACCGCGCGAGCCCGGGGCGUGAUCCUGUGCAAUUGGGCGGUGGAGCCAAGGUUAUGAACGGCGAGGGUGGGUUCGGAACGUGCCGCGCUAUCGAGUUGGGGAUACAUAGUGCCCGUCUGCCACGCGCACGGCCGGACGGGCAGCGCAAGUGUAUAGGACGUGUCAGGUAGUGCACAGUGGCGGAGAUAGCUGAUGGGACGCCCCGAGCUCAGCAUGGGAACGGCCCCGCUGAAAGGAGAGGUGGUGAUCUAACCGCGAAGCGCCAUCGCCAUAGAGAGGUCGAUCGCCUCCACGGCGCAAUUGACUGAAGCCCUGUACGAGGCGUCAUGAACGGCGAAAGACGCCUUGGACAGAAUGCGAGAGGUCCGGGCCAGGAUGGAGAUGAAAGGAUGCCCACCCGCGGGGAGCUGCAUAGGGCAGCGCGCGCGCCAUCUCGGUCUGAGGACAAGAUCAAGAAGCGGAGGACGAGCUGGAAGCCGAGGCACGGUGUCCGCUGCAAGCAAGUGCGAUGCCCCGCUCGCAAGCCCCGCAGUCCUGGAUGAGAACGAGAAGGACGGAGCACGUUCUUCGAACGGUGGAGAGGUACCUGCGAACGGUGGAGAGGUACCUGCGAACGGUGGAGAGGUACCUGCGACUGCGAAGGCAGCGCGUGAUAGGCCGUGCGGCCGCAUGUAGCCAUAUGCGGCUCAUCAACCCUGCAUGCGCCCGCCUUCUCGAACGUCCUGCUUCUGCGUCUUCCACUUUCACGGCGCCCGGCGUCUGCCGUCUCGCGCUGACGCCUCCGCCCGGCUCUUUUUGCCUCCCAUGGAAGGGAAGGAUCGCGAGCCGCCGCCGUCGCAUGACGAGGGCAACCGGGAGGCUUGGGUCCUGGCUCGCGUGAAGAUGCGGCCAGAGCCCUGGUCCUGGUCCUCGGCGCACUGGUCCCGUGCUGCGUCGCGGGGUGGUCCUCGCCGGACGCGCGCCAAAGGACGUGUUGCUCGUACUGGUCGUCCAGGACGUUGGGAGGGUGGCUCGCAGCGGGGACGUAAUAUUGGUGUGAUGCGAGUCCGUGCUGGUCAUUGCACCCCAUCAAGGCGUUUAGGCGUUCGAGGGCACGGGCAACAGCGGAAGGAAGGGGGGUGCAGUGUCCCGCGUGCAGGCGCGCCGGAUGGCUUGAUGCAUUUAGUGCGCUUCCCGGACAGGCUUGGACCGUGCUGAAGGCGAGAGACGCGUCCUGACGUCGGCGGCGAGGCCGGAUCGAGGGCACUGCCGUUCCAGCUGGAGGGAAGGGGCCAGAUAGAUUGGCAGUUCCCAUACCGGCGUGCCGUCACAGCGACGAUCCUGCUCAGGAACGUCCCCCGGGCGUCGUAUAGAGGACGACACCAAGAACGGUCUCGGAGCCUGCGAAGAGGCGAUUCAUGAGCCUGCUGACAAGCCAAAUGAAACAGCGCAUCAGGCCAAGGCGCGGAUUCGGAUUCGGAUUCGGAUUCGGAUUCGGGUGAGACGGGAGCGGCACGCAAACCGCGGAGGCCCAGCCAGCUGCGACCGGUGCGUGGUCCAGACGUGCGUGCGCCUUGCGGUGCGACGUACGGGGCACUGCAUCCGCCCAGCGUCGCAGAACGAACCGCGCUCGUCGCGACCGGCGAGGACGCCAUCGCGUCAGAGCACAGACUCGCAGUCCGCGCACGUCCAAGGGCAUGCAUGACAUACGCUGCGCCCCACACAUGGCGUAAAAUGCCCCCCUCGACCCGUCUUCUGUCCGGGGCUCAUGGCCUCUGAUGGUAUCGUCGAGGACUCGCCCGCUCACACGCGGACGCAGGAGGUCGUCCCGGAGCACCUGAUGGUUAUCGCAGCAUACGCGUCAACUGACGUCGACGGAAGACUCGGAGGCGCGCACUCGGACACGAAUAUUGACAGGAACGAUUGUGUCCACGAUGAGUGCCGUCUUCCGGCCGCGGACUUGCGUCGACGGGCACCGGCAGACGCACUAGCUGCCUUCCUCUUCCUGUGCGGCCGUACGGCGGAUGGCCGCGAGUGUGUUUGCUAUCCACCGACGACACCCCUCGACCGGUGGGAGAUGGACGAGAGCGGGGCAGCAAACGCCGCUGGGUCGUCUCUCGUAUGAUCCCCGACAGAUGUCGCCGUUCUACAGGCCUACCCCGGAGGGGGCAGCUCAGCCCAUCUGGUCGCGCGCUGCUGACUUGCGGGAGAGAUGCGAGUCCAAUCGACGACCGUGUGACGUCGACGGACGGCAGUUUGACGCACGCCGAGGUAGCCCGCCCCGCGGAUGUCAUCGACGACAGCUAGUGCUGGGAUAGCGGGCAGUCGAGAGACGCGCCGACCGCGUUCGAGGCCGCGCGCC